AUGUCGGGAGAGGAGACUCUCCAACAGUUCGGUGCAGACAAGUUGAGCAAGGGCAUCCGUGCCAUCGAAGCUAGGGCAGCAAAGUUCAAGGAGAAGGGCAUGACCCAGGCGAAUUUUGCGAUUGGCGUCGCGAACAUUCUUUUCCUUGCCUGGUGCUUCGGAGCCCUGCGAGGUUAUCUGUGGAUGAUCUAUGUUGCAGAGGUUUGUGCUAUGCUGCCGUUCCGAUGGCAAUCCUUUGCUGCGGCCAAGCCCAGCGAGGUCUUCUACCUCACCGAAUUCUGUUGGGUGGCCAACGUGGCCUUGGGCUGCGGCUUCGUCCUCUUGGCCACUUUUGAGCCAAGCCUCGAGGCUCAGAGCUGGUUCUUCGCGGCGGCCUGGGGCGUGAGCACCGGCCCUCUGCUUGGGGCCACGGUCCUUUUGGAGAAUUCCAUGAUUUUCCAUGACUUUGCCUUGGCCUGUUCUGCUCUCAUCCACGUGAUGCCCUGCAUGGUGAUGUUCGAGAUGCGUUGGGGUUGCCCAGCAGUCCAGGCUGCUUGGCCCCAGCUUCAAGUCUGUGAGGCAUUCCAGGCCAUCGCUUGGUACGACAUGCUCCUCGCAACCGCCUUCUCAUGGGGCACUUGGGCAGUCUUGUUCAUGAUCUGGCUCUUGAUCUGGGGUCUCGAGCUCCCAAAGCAGGGCUACGAUACGAUGUUCCACGCCAGCAUGAGGAUCUCGGGUGGAGUCCUCGCGGCUAAGGCGACCGGCCACUCCCAGGAGGAGCUGGAGACCCAGAGGGAGAAAGACGAUUAUCCCAGGUCCUACGUCCUGGUCCACAUGUUCGUGCAUUCCCUGCUGAAUACUGCUGCGGCUUUGCUGGCAUUGAUUUGCUCGACGUGCUGCCAAGUCCACGGUCUUAUCUGCUUGGGCAUCCUCGUGUUCAUUAUCAACAAUGGAGCGAAGCGCUACACGUACUUCCUGAUGGGGAGCUACAAGGAUUCCUUGAAGAGCUUGGAGGAGCCUUUGCUGCAAAGCGAUGGGGCGCUUGAAGACAUCAGCCCAAACUCAAGUGAGAAGUUGCUUCGGAGUCUCCUCAAGGUCGUCGAGGACCAAGCUGAGUACUUGGCAAAGCAGUCCUUCACAAAAACCAACUUUGUCCUGAGCGUUUCGAACACACUUCUGAUCUCCUGGUCCUUCGGAGCAUUUCCUGGCCACUUCUUGCUGGUCUACCUGCUCCAGACUCUCAUGUGGUUGCCAUGCCGCUGGACCGCCAUGGUCCGUGCUAAACCAAAGGAGGUCUUCUACCUACUGGAUGUGGGCUGGAUCUCAAUACUUUGCUUCUUCCUCUGGGUCAUCUUCUUGGUAUCUUCCUCAACGAAUGAAUCGCAGAAAGUGAUCUUCUGCACGGCUUGGGCAUUUUGCAAUGGACCGCUCCUCCUGUCCCCAGCGAUCCUAAGAAAUGCGAUGCUUUUCCACAGCUUUGACCAAAUGCUCUCUGCGUGGCUGCAGCUGCUGCCAGCCCUGGCGAUGUUUCAUUUGGCGUGGAGCCGUGACAUGGUUGAGGCGGUGUGGCCAGAGAUUUCAAUCAAUGACUUCUUCUUAAGCAUCGAUCCUCUACGAGACAUCCUUUCCAGUGCUUGUGGCUUCUAUGCUGUCUGGGUCUGCAUCUAUCUUUUCUGGUUCCUUACGUGUGGACUUCGAUUGGCUCGCGAUGGGUACGACACCCCGUUUCACUAUGUUGUGCGCGGUCCUCGCGGGAAGAUUCUUGCGAGGUUCCUGGGUACCCAGGAUGAUCACGCGAUCUACGUGGAGACGGGUGAAUUUCCCAUGUCCUACGUUGCCGGCUACAUCUGCUACCAUGCCCUCUUGACCUUUGCCUGCUUUUUGUUCUCUUUGUUUUGUUUCUUAAGCAGCAGAGUACACGCAGUCACCAUCCUCUGCAUGGUCGGCUUGACGAUUUGGAAUGCUGCUGAGCGGUAUACGUUCUACGUUGUGCGCAUGUACAUGGAUUUGGUCUCUUCCAAGAUGAAUGUCGAGGUGAGGAGAGGGGCGUCGUCACUGGUACUGCAGUCGUGA